AUGCAGCCCGGUCCUGGCCCAAACCAACCUCAGCAGAUGAUGUACAACCCCCAGCAGCAGUUCCCUAUGGGCGCCCAAGGACCCUAUCCAGGUGGCCCGAACCCAGGUGCCAUGAUGCCAGGUGCCGGCCCUGCAGGAAUGAUGCAGAAUCCUGGCAUGCCUAUGGGUCCAAAUGGUCAGAUGGCAUAUCAAACACCCUACACGAGCGGUCCAUAUGGAGCUGGCGUCCCGACCACCGCGCCUCAGGGCCAGUUUCCUCCCAAUUAUAUGAUGGCCGCUGGCCAGAUGGGCGGCUUCCCGAUGAACGCAGGUGGAAUGAAUCCACAGCAGCAGCAGCAACAGCAGCAGCAGCAGAUGAUGAUGAGGAACAUGCAUCCGUCACAACAGAACCCUGCCGCCAUGGGCGCAUCCACCCCGCAACGACAGUUUUCCGGACCUCAAGGCACACCGAACUCUGCCAUGAGCCAACAACAGAGCCAGUUCCCAACACCGCAGAACCAGCAAGGCACCCCUCAGAGCCAAACGCCCACCCAAGCUCAGCAACCGCCAAACAAUGUAACAACACCGCAGACGCCAACAUUCCCAUCGACGGGACAAGCAGCCGGUGUGAACGGCGCGUCUGCCUCUACACCUUUAAGUCCGGGCACGGAGUCCAAAGAGAAGGAGAGAUUCACUUUGCUGUUGGAUAUCAAUCAGGAACUUCUGUUUGAGCUCAUUCAAUUGAAAAAUACCCAAGAUGAGCUGAAGAAAGAGCAUGCUGCGGCAAGCUCAAGUAAUACGCCAGAACAACAAAAGGAAGCGCUCGAUGAGGAGAAGGCUGUUCAUGCCGACUGGGUUCAGUGA